ACGGCAGUGGUCAAAGUCAAUAGCCUGAAUUUCCAACGUCCUCUACCUCAUUCCACCUUCCAGCCUUCCUCAGAGCAAAGUCUUGAAUCACAAUGUCUUUCUUACUCAAGAAUUCCAUUUCCCAACCAGUGGAUCUCGACGAGACAGUCUUUGACUCUGGGGCAUCUAGAAUGCACAUCGGAUUGUCAUCUUCAGCUCCCUCCACCGAAGUGUACUACAGCCCCACCGGCGAGAUCGCGUUUGCCCCACCCUCUGUUGCGGAAAACGUGUUCAUUUUCGGAGACCCGAUGUUCCACAGUGAUUUCCACCUGGACGUCACGAACGAACUGUCUUAUUUCAAUUUCUGCUCGCCCUCACUCGAUCCGACUGUCACAGAGUCCGUCGGCCCCAGUGUGUCGAAUUCCGCGAGUCUCACUCCGACUCACCUUGGGGGCACGGACGAGGACGCCGAGCAUGACCUGGACCCAGCAUACGGAAGCCAAAAUGGAGGAGCUUGCGAUCCGAUGGAGUUUCGUUUCAAAACUGAAGACGCGUCGACUGCCACUUUGUUUUCUCAGCCACCUCCUUCGCCAGAGUUCCAUGACGACUGGAGUUCGUCUACCUCUAACUCCGACCGUUGCACUUCUGUCGGCCAUGAAAACGCCGAUUGUCAUCCCACUGUCGAAGUCUCCUCGGACACAUCCUGUUCAGACGGCCACGAUUCUGACUACAAAGACCCUGCGACUGGCACCCGAAAGCGCGCGAGAACUGCGAAUGCUGCCCAGCCCAAGAAAAAGGGCGGCAAAAGGUCCAACUUCAAAAAGUCGUCUGAGCGAUGGCCUUUCCACAAUCGGCCCGUACGGGUGCGUUGCCUCGUUCCCACAUGCGACGCCGAAUUGGGGUCGAUAAACAGUGUCAUCGAUCACUGCGAUGAGGAGCACCCCGUGAUUGAGAAGAAGCCCGAUGCCGUACGGUGCGCGUACUUUGAUUGCAAAGAGCGGGCCAAGAGUGUGGGAGAUAUGAGGAGGCAUUUCUUGAAAAUGACUCACGAGCCGCAUCAUUUCAAGUGCGAAGCAUGCCAGAGGAUGUUCACAAGGCGGGAUCCCUUGCUCAGGCAUAUGCGAAACUUGAAGGGCAGGUGCAGGAGUAGAAUGUUGAAAAACGACCCCGUUAGGAACCGAAAACUGAAGGCUUAAGUGACACAAUUAAUGAUAUAUGGCUACCUUCAUUUUUUAUAUGUAGAUAGAGUUCCAUUUAUUCGCCACAUUUGUUAGAAUUUUAG